AUGGGGUUUGUUUUUAGUUUCAUAAUAUUACAUACCUUUAUUAACGCUGCCUAUCCAGUAUUAUAUCCGGAAUAUGAAGAUGAUGCAGCACGCUAUUGGUCAAAAAAUAAAAAUGAACCUUCCAAUGACAUACAAGAAAAUAAAAUACGAAACAACUAUCUUAAAAUGAAAGAAGACGAUACAAAAAUUAGACAAAUAAAGAAGAAAGCAGCUGCACUGAGAAGUGAAGGCACUUUUAAAACAUCAGGCAGUAAGAUUUUCCAAGCUAAGGGUAUUGAAGACGAAGCACGAGGUUUCCAGAAAGAUCUGAUGUUGAAUUUGUUAGCAAACCGCAGAGCAAGGAGUGAUUCGGACUCUCCGAGUUCUAGUUCCAGUAACGAGAUGAAAAGUUGGAAGGAAGAGUGGAGAGAUUUUUGGUUGCAUAAGAAAAUAGAAGCGCUCAACGCGUCUGCACCCACAGGAGACACGGUCAACAUGGCCGCAGCUCGACCAUGGGGCGUGCCCUGCGGUGAUCCAAACCAACACGAUAUGCCGUGGGGAACUUGCAUGUUACCGAUGGAAUGCGAAGGAGAGUUUCGUAUAUACAGAGGAGAUUACUUCUGCGGUCGGACUCAAUUCGUUUGCUGCGCUCUACAGUUAACCGGUUACGACAUGUAUCAGGGCUUCGAUAAUUCCUUGGCUGCUUCUAGUAUGGAAACAGAUUCAGAAGAAAAGAAAGAUACCUCCAAAGAAAGAAGACGCAAGAAAAGAAAGCGAGAUAAAAAGAAACGUAAAAAUGACCGAUUCAAAAGAAAACGUAAAAUCAAAAAGAGCAUACAGAAUAUAAUAAGAGAGAUAAGAAAAAUAUUGAACAGAUUGUACAGGAACGGGACAUCGAUAAGAAAGAAGAAGACAAAGCAACUGAAGAAUUUUAUCAAGGAGUUGAAGAAGCAAUACAGAAAAGACCGACAGUCCGUAAAGGAAAUUCACGGGAUGGAAAUGAUAAAAGUUGAUGCGGCGCUUAUGAAGAAAUUGAAUGAAAUAAGGCAAAUGAACCGGAAUUUUAUAAACAAUAGUACGUUUAGAGAUAUAAUUGUGAAUGGCACAAUGAAUAAGACACAGGCGAGGAUGUUGGUAGAGGCGUAUCCUGAGUUAGACAAUUGGAUUGGAACCCGGCGCUCUGGGGACUUGGAUCCGCCAACAGACUACUUGGAUUAUGAUAUUGAGUAUGGAUAUUUAUACUAUUAA